AUGGACUCUCUCCUCAACACCAACACCAGCACCGUCUCCAACCCCACCACCGCCCACCCCGUGACUGUCACACCCGGGUCCUCGGCCGACCCGACCGUCAUUACCCCGGUCACGCCCGCGCACUCGCAGGUCGCGCCUGCUGCGGCACUGGAUAAGGUUGCUGGUGAACCUGGGGUGUUGCAGAAGGCUUUGGGUAUGGCUCAGCCGUACCUCGCCAAGGUCGACGCCGUCACUCAUCCUUAUGUCGAGAAGGUUCAGCAGACGACCAAGCCAUAUACCGAUGCGGCCAUCAACAAGGCCAAGGAACUCAUCGAGAAGGUUGAGGCCCCAUCCCCAAGCUACCCCGGUACACCUGUAACCAUUGCCGCUAUGGGCGGAGAGGGCGCUACGUCCAUCGUCGCUACCCCGGCCGAGAAGAACCUGUCUGCCGCUACCCCUUACUCCGCUGUCCCCGGUGCACCCACCGCCUCUGCUGGCUCGUCGACCACCGCUGUCAACACCGCACCCACCAAGUCGCUCGAGGAGCGCAUCGACGGUGUCUUCAACGUGAUCGGCCGCCAAGCAAGCGCCGUCGCUUCUAAGAUUGACGAGAAGACGGCCACCGCCGAGAAGCCCGGAUGGGCCAGCCAGCUCAUGAGCGGUGUUCAAAAGGUUACCGACAAGGCGGACGCGUACCUCCAGGGUCACGCCCCCACAGCUACCAACCAGUCGAGCACCAUCGGCCACCCCGUCCAGACCACGACCAACUCGCUGCCCCACACCGACAAGCCCGAGGUCGUCGCUGUCCCCGUCGCUGUCGUUCCUGUCGCUGUUGUGCCCACGGCUGGGUCUACAUCGGCCGGUGCGCCCGUCUCGGGAGCUGGUGGCUUGUAA